GUUGUAACGCGGUUUUGUUUGUCACGUUUUUUUUUUAACAAUAAUAAAUUUGUUGGUUCGUUGAAAUUCAAAAGGAAAAGAUAUAUUUUUGUGGCGACGAGAAGGGGGGAGGAGCAGAGAUCUCUCGUUCGUUUUUUUUUUCCCGGAAAAUCCGGAAAGGAAAAGCUAACAACGAACCUAAAGGAGAAAAAUCGUUUCUUUCACUCCACGAGUUUUCACCUCUCUUUCCUUAACCUCUCUCAAGCGUCUCUUCCUCGUUUUCUCGUUUUCUUCUGAACAGAUCUUAGAAUAGGUAUAGAGAAGAAAUCAAAUGCUAACGGAUCGAGGGAGGCGAGUUUCUAUUUGCAUUGGGACUCUUGAAUAUGGCAACAGAAAAUUCCGUGGCGGCGGUGGUGGUGGUUGUUACGGCGGUUUCGUUGAUCGGUCGUCGGAGAGAUGCCGCGACUGGAGUCCCUCGAAAUCAUCUGCUUCGAGAAUCCUGCGUAUCUCCUCUCCCACCACGUCUCCGCCGUCGUCGGCGACUUCUCCCGUCUCCCUGAAUUGCUCCUUCUCCAACGGCGCUGGCUAUAUCGAGCAUCGUGUCUCCAAGUUCGAUACUCUCGCCGGCAUUGCCAUAAAGUAUGGAGUUGAGGUAGCAGAUAUUACGAAGCUAAAUGGGCUUGUAACUGACCUUCAGAUGUUUGCUCUCAAGUCUCUCCGGAUUCCAUUACCUGGGAGGCAUCCUCCUUCCCCUUGCUUAUCUAACGCCUCCUUCAACCAUGGAGAGGAUUGUUCCGAGCCAGCUUCAUCAUCAGCAAACAAUGGCAACCUCCAAGACGUGUUUGACCCCUUCCAGUCAUUGAAGCUGAAGCCUUCAGAGACAAAGAUCUCUCCAGCCAUGGACUCCUUGCAAGGUUACUAUGGUCUGAAACCAACAAACAAGAGAGCUUCUGAAGCUUCUUAUCCCCAAGAAGACAAUGAUCAGUACCUCACACCCUCCCCAGCCACCAGUACACCCUUAAACCAGCACAGAAAAUCCAGAAGCUUGGUAGAUGCAGUUAUCGCCGAGGUCAACCAAUCAUCCUACCAAUCCAAGGAAGUUAAUUCCGAUAAACCAACGAGAAGACGCCAAAAGUCCGAAGCUGAUUUCAGUUCGAGAACCCCGGAGCUGCUUCUGAAGAAGGAGAGCAGAAGCAGCUGUGGCGGGUUUUCUGCAAUAGCCGAGAAAGGUUUAGCGCUGAGACCCAAAGCAGCGAGCAAAACUAACUUGUCAGCAGAUACUGGUAGUUUCAAUCCAGUACCAAUCAAUCUGAUGGAUGCUCCUGUGGGAGACAGCUUCUCAAGCGUGAGGAAAUCGUUUAGCGCCUCUGUUCUGCAAGAACCGUUCAGUAACAACAACAACAAGGGUUCAUCAUCGCUAUGGCAAAGCUCGAAGUGGAGUCUGAAAGCAGAUUUGCUCCAACAAGCAGCCAUGGCAAGGUCUAUCUUUGACGGAUUGCCUAAGCCUUUAACUGGUCGGAGAAACAAAAAGGCUAUGGACUAAGAGAAGCUAGUAGGUAAAAUACAAGUAGAGUGUACAUUUGCACUGCAUUGCAUUUAUUUAAAAAAAAACAAUGUGUUGUGAUGAGUGAGUGUUAGAUCAGGCACUAAUGUAUUUUUGUGUGUAUGUUGGAAUUAAAUGUCGCAAUAAAAAAAAUCAUUUUAAUAA